GGGCGCAGGUGAGGGUCUGAGGGCGGAGCCAGGGCCGGAGGGAGGGCUGGCGGACGGCAGGCCCGCGCGGCUCCGAGUCCCGAGGCUGGGGAGCCGGAGCUGGGAGCCGCGGGCGGCGGUCCCGGCUGCGCCAUGCGGGUGCACCUGGGCGCGCUGGCGGGCGCGGCGGCGCUGACCGGGGCGCUCAGCUUCGUGCUCCUGGCGGCCGCCAUCGGCACAGACUUCUGGUACAUCAUUGACACCGAGCGGCUGGAGCGGGGCGGCCCGGGCGUGCGGGGCCGGGCGGGGGCCGCCAACCGCAGCCAGCUCGAACCUCUGAGCUCGCACUCCGGCCUCUGGCGCACCUGCCGGGUCCAGAGCCCGUGUGCGCCGCUGAUGAACCCCUUCUGGCAGGAAAACGUGACCGUCAGCGACUCAAGCCGGCAACUUCUCACCAUGCACGGGACAUUUGUGAUUCUGCUGCCGCUCAGCCUUAUCCUGAUGGUUUUUGGGGGGAUGACGGGGUUUCUGAGCUUCCUCCUUCGAGUCUCCAUCCUCCUCCUGCUCACAGGGACCCUCUUCCUCUUUGGAGCCUUGGUGACCCUCGCUGGAAUGAGCGUCUACAUCGCGUACUCGGCCGCCGCCUUCCAGGAGGCACUGUGUCUCCUGGAGGAGAGGGCCCUCCUGGACCAGGUGGACAUCCGCUUCGGCUGGUCCCUGGCCCUGGGCUGGAUCAGCUUCGUCACCGAGCUGUUCACCGGGGUGGCCUUUGUGGUGGCGGCCCGUGUGCUCAGCCUGAGGCAGAGGCAGGACCAGGCCGUCUGAGCCCGGGUGCCUGGUCCGCUGGGAGGG